UCAUACAGAAUUGUCAAAUAUAAAAAGGAACGUUAUUUUUGUCGAAUUUCUAUCAUAAUCAUAAUAUUAGGAGAGGAGGAAGACUUUACUUUGUAUCAUUACUAAUACCAUUUUAGCAGAAAUGGCAGCACCCGUCACAGUACAACCACAAUCUACGAUGGGAAAUUUACUUCUCUCAAAUGUCCAUGGUCAUCGAGAUUGGUCAACUGGUUUAUUUGACUGUUUCACGGACUGCAGCACAUGCAUAUAUGGGUACUGUUGUUUGACAUGUCUGACGUGCAGUGUAGCAACCAGAACUGGCGAAUGUUGCUGUAUGCCGUUUUUUGUUCCAGGUGGUACUAUAACCAUGAGAACUCGAAUCAGAACACUUGGUGGUAUCCAGGGUUCAGCCUGUAAGGACUGCCUGGUGCUCAAUUUCUGUGGUGCAUGUGCUAUCUGUCAGAUGUCAAGAGAAAUAGACAACAUGGGAAUCCCCUAAUUAUCUAUGAUUUUGAAUAGUGUCGUGCUUAUUGUCUGCAUUAUAUUUAUCUGUGAUAUUAUAGCAGGGUAUCAAAACUUGUGAUUGAGACUCAGCUCUUUCUUAAUAAAGUUCACGAAUUCCAAA